CUACUACGCACCGGUCUCGCCCAAGAGUCCGGAGCCGAAGCUCUUUCUCCUCGGAUUCCGCCGCGGCGUCCACCCGGGCGCCGAACAGCGACGACGAUAUGAAAACCACCCCGCGGAGCUUCCAGGGAGGAGGUCCUGCUCGUCCACACGGUACUACUAGAACCAACAAACUAGUCAAAGAUCAUGGACUGAAACCGAAAAGACGAAAGGGUGGGCCGGGAAUAUUAAGUUGCGGAUCUUUAUUCGGGACGCCGACUGCUCAACACGCGACAAAGGAGCAUGAUCAACAUCUUGACACUCCUGCUGCGUUAUUUCCUGCUCCGAGGACGUCGGAGGACUACACCGUGCGGGGUGGGCACAAACAAGAGCAGCCAGUGCAGCAACAACCGAUCGUGGAGGCAGGUUCAACAUCGUGGAUGUUAAACGGUUGGACUAGAAGCGGCGGACAGGAACCGCAACAACAGGAGGCAAGACAACAGCAGGGCCGCACGACCAAACCAGCUAACGA